CAGCAUGUGUCAUCUCGACUUGGUUCUCCAAAUAUCACUCCUAUAGGAAAUAUACGCGCCGAGAAGGGACGUCGGAGCGCAAAAUCGUCUCCACACGGCUUCGAGACAAGACUCGCGGUUUUACGCAGGCCUGCUCACUUACCGAGUGGAGACAUAUUUGUAGAAGUUGAAGUUUCUUUGGCUUGACUGGCCGCUUCAGCCGCGUUUAGAUUUAUUUUGGAGACAUCCGAUCUCUUGACAGGGGCGACUACAAGUCCAGCAGACCCACCGUGUGUGCGCACUGACCGCGCUCUGCCCAUCACACCCGGCUGCUCGGCUGCUUUGGCUCCAGACUUUUUUCAAAAAAGUGUAAGUCAGCCGUGAGAUGACCCUGUCUGGAGGCAGCGAAAGAGCCAGCGACAUGUCCGGCCAAACUGUACUCACGGCAGAGGACGUGGAUAUCGACGUGGUGGGCGAGGGAGACGAGGAGGGCAUGGAGCGGGUGGACAGCGACUGCGACAGCCCGGUGGGAGGCAUCCUGCACGACCUCCGGGGAGAAGCGGGCGACGAGGAGGUGGAAGAUGAGAUCGAAGUGGAGAAGGAGGAGAUGAGAUCCGGGGGAGGAAGUCCGUGCUGCGAGAGCUCCGGGGAGGGAGAGACCGGCACCGGGAAGGGAGAGGGUCAAGAUCAGAGCGCAGCGGCAGGUGGGAUCCAGAAGCCCAAAAACAGCCUGGUAAAGCCGCCUUACUCAUACAUCGCCCUCAUCACCAUGUCCAUCCUCCAGAGCCCGCAGAAAAAGCUCACCCUCAGCGGGAUCUGUGAGUUCAUCAGCAACCGCUUCCCGUAUUACCGGGAGAAGUUCCCAGCGUGGCAAAACUCCAUCCGCCACAACUUGUCCCUCAACGACUGCUUCGUGAAAAUCCCCAGAGAACCUGGCAACCCGGGCAAGGGCAACUACUGGACCCUGGAUCCCGCCUCGGAGGACAUGUUCGACAACGGCAGCUUCCUCAGGAGGAGGAAAAGAUUCAAGAGAGUUCAGCCGGACAUGCUGAGGGACCAGACUACUCUCAUGAUGCAAAGUUUCGGUGCGUACAGCCUCGGGGGCCCCUACGGGAGGCACUACGGGAUCCACCCGGCUGCGUAUUCCCAUCCGGCGGCUUUGCAGUAUCCGUACAUCCCCCCUGUAGGUCCCAUGCUGCCCCCGGGCGUCCCUCUGCUGUCCUCGGCGGAGCUGAACAGAAAAGCGUUCAACUCGCAGCUCAGCCCGAGUCUUCAACUUCAGCUCAACAGUCUGAGCACAGCGUCCAUGAUCAAAUCAGAGCCCUCAAACAGACCGUCUUUCAGUAUAGAGAACAUCAUCGGGGUCUCCAGCGCCUCUUCGGUGUCACCGGGCGCUGCUUUCCUGCGGCCUCCGGUGACCGUUCAGUCGGCCCUGCUGAGCGCGCAGUCCCUGUCUCUGACCCGGACCUCAGCCGCUAUCGCGCCCAUCCUCAGCGUACCGUCAAAUAUUAUUUCUGGACACGUUUUACCCUCAGCAGCGGCGGCGGCUGUUUCCAAAUGGCCUUCACAAUGACUUCAAACCAAGAGAAAAUAAACUCUUAUUUUUCUAUUGAGACAUUAUUACGCGGGGACUGCAAAUCAAUAGGCAACACACUGGACUCUGUAGUAAAGACUGUUGAAACACAGAGAAAAUAAAAAGAAAA